AACCUUGAACCGUGCAUAAACGAACAGUUGUGUUUUGACAACAAAAAUAAUCUCACGUGAUGUCUCAAUAAAAAAAAUUUUAACUGAAUUUUUAGCAUAUUACAGUAUUACGGCUUUUAUAUUUAACUUUAACAUUGCGAAUGUUGGUUCCGUAUGGUAUACAUAUAUCUAAGUAUGUUUUUUUUUAGAAGGACGGAAGGACACCCCUGAAUAUUUUGACAGAUGUCAAUUGUAGUUGACAUUUCUCUAAGUGACGUGAGACGUGAUUGUUUAUUAAUUAUUUUUACUAUCUUUUGUGAUAAAAAUGGUGUUUUUAUCUUAUUUAAGUGUGUGAUUAAACAUCGUUAUUGUGAAAACAAAAGUCUACAAUUACUUGUCGGGGACUCUCCCAGAGAACACCGAAGAGAAUCCCGGGGAAACUCCCAAGGAAAACGACGAGGAGAUUCCCGAGGAAACUUCGGAAGAGAAUUCAGAAGCAAGUUUUAACACAACUUCCGAGGAAGAAGAAUCUUCAGAAGAGGAAUCUUCAGAAGAAGAAUCUGUAGAAGAAGAAUCUUCAGAAGAGGAAUCACUAGAAGAAGAAUUUUCAAAAGAAGAAAAUUCUGAGGAGGUUACCAAAGAAAGCGAAAGUUCCGUCAACAAUAUGGACUCCACAGAUCAACCGAAUUCAAUAUGUCACGUCCAGUCAAUACAUAUGUAUCCGCUAUUACCAUCCAACAUUAAAGAUAUACCCUUCACGAUGCUUUCAGGGGAAACUGUUCAACAUUAUGGAUAUUCAGUGGAGGGUUUGGUUAUAAUUACUAAUUAUCGUCUCUUUUUGCAAAUGAGAAAUAGGCCUGGCUCUCACAUACCUGUAUCGCUUGUCGAAAACGUCGAGGUUAGAGAAAUGUCAACUUUAUUUAUUGGAUGUAAAGAUGCAAGGUCGUACAAGUGUACUUUUGAAAAUAACGAGACUUGCCAGUUAUGGUGCGACUAUCUACUCAAAGCUACGGAAUACCCGAAACAAGUCGAACAACUUUUUGCUUUUUAUCAUUGUAUCUGGUCAAAAGAAGAGGGGAAAGGAGACGUGGAUCUUCGGUUAUUGAAUCAAAGUCGAUACACAUUUGACAGAACGCUUUUUGAGAACGAGAUGAGCCGUCUUGGAUUUCAAGGACAUUCCUGGAGAAUAUCCAAAGUUAAUGAACAAUAUAAAUUUUGUCCAACCUACCCGCCGUAUCUUCUUGUACCGUCUUGUAUUGAUGAUGACAUGUUAGAGAGCGUUGCAAAGUUUCGUAGCUCCAGAAGAAUUCCGGCGGUGGUCUGGAGACAUUCUCGUAAUGGAGCUGUGAUAGUUCGUUCAAGUCAACCCGAAGUGGGUUGGUUGGGUUGGAGAUCUAACGAAGACGAAGCUCUACUCAAGGCGAUAUCCCAAGCAUGUAAUUUCGAUGGUCCAUUCAAAAAUUACGAACCGAAAGAAUCUAAUUUGUCCUGUUCGCUUGGUUCGAUACAUUCUGAUGAAUCCGUUAUACCGAACAGUAUCGAAAAUACAGAAAAAAAAGUUUUAAUCAUGGACGCUCGUUCUUAUACAACAGCAGUAGCUAAUAGAGCAAGAGGUGGCGGUUGUGAAUGCCCAGAGUAUUAUCCAAACUGCGAAAUUCAAUUCAUGAAUUUAGCCAAUAUACAUUCCAUCCGAAAGAGUUUCCAUGCUUUGAGACAACUUUGCACUUCCGCUGAUCAAGCAAAUUGGUACAGUCAAUUAGAAGGAACACGUUGGUUAUCGAAUAUGUCUGGAUUGAUGAAAGCAGCAGUAACUCUGGUGGCAGCUGUAGAAAGGGACGCCAGACCUGUGUUAGUACAUUGUUCGGACGGAUGGGAUAGGACACCGCAAAUAGUGGCAUUAGCUGAACUUUUAUUAGAUCCUUAUUACCGUACCAUUGAGGGCUUUCGAACUUUGGUCGAGCGAGAAUGGCUGGCGUUCGGUCACAAAUUCGCAGAUAGAUGUGGCCAUUCUUCAGGUAGCGACGAUCAAAACGAACGAUGUCCUGUUUUUUUACAAUGGUUAGAUUGUGUACAUCAAUUGCUGAUUCAGUUUCCUUGCGCAUUUGAAUUUUCACAAAUAUUCCUCGUGAAAUUAGUGAACCAUGUGUAUUCUAACUUAUUUGGUACUUUCUUAUGUAACACACAAAGGGAAAGAUCGAAAUUGGUAUAUGGAAAAACUUUUUCCGUUUGGGAUUUUUUGAAUUCGCCUUGUUUCAGAAAUCACUUAUAUUCCGUAACGGCAUUAACAACAUACAAUAAAAGAGUAUUGUGGCCUCAGUACAACGUCAGAGAUUUACAUUUAUGGUCAGCAGUGUAUUUAGGAACUAUAGAAGAAAAUUGCAAUGCAGAGGAGAGUUCGAAUUUUUCUGUUGAAUCAUAUGAAUCUUCUCCAAAUUAUAUGACAAAGACAAGAUCUUACGGAGACCUUAUUAACGAUGGUGAAAAUUCUGCAUAUCACUACAGACGAUCUAGCGAUCCUAGUAUCAAAUGUGAUCCAAAAUUAGAGGUUUUAACGUCGAACGGAUCGGCUAUGAACGGACAUGAUACGGUACACUUGGAGGUGACGAAUGGUUCCGACGACGCAAACGAUUGUAACAAAGAUUGCAUGUACAAUGAAAAUAAUUCCGAGUACCAACUAACUACUGAAGAAUUAGACCAAGAAGAUGAAAAAUUAUUUGAUACAGACCAAACAGAUUUUGGAGAACCGCCUCCUCCUGUACCAGAACUCCACCGGAAACCUUUAAUAAAUGUAGAAUUAGAUCGAGAACAACCCGAAGGGUCUAAAAAUUGUAACCACGUGAUUAUAGAAGGGGAUGUUGGUGAAAAUUGCAUAGACAUAAAUGGGGGGGCACCGUUAGAAAAUGAUAAGACUGUCGUUAAAGGUGAUAUAUUAAAUCAUAAUAAUAAGGGGGGAAACGAGACUUGUACAAAUAUAGACGAUAAGUUGGAUGGAAGUGUUUGUGUUAAAUAUCCCAAUAUUGGAAAUAUAGACAAUGAAAGAUCGAAUGAGACCAGCACUGAAACACUUGUUGACGAUGACAGCAUUACACCAGGCACUAUUGGUAGUAACCAUAAUGGCAUCCCUCGAAAAAGAGAGAGGUCAAAAAAUUCAAAUUCCUCACAGAUGACAACCGAUAGUAACGGUUGGGAUCAUUCGUUACACAUUAUGGCGCACCACAAGAACAUAUUUUCCUAUCAAAAUCCUUUAGGCGAAGACGGAUUAGUCAUACUACGUUGUGAGGUUCAAGAAAGACUCAACCAGAUCAUUGAGGAAAAUCAAAAAGAAGUUGAGAGUCUUAAAAAGGAUCUGUACGCCGCUAGAAAAAAUUUAAUCAAGCAACCUCGUGCGAAAUGUACCCAUCUUGACUGUGAUCGACAAGACGAUAAUAAUUCCGUUGUUGAAUCCGUCGGUAGUACAAGCGAAGGACAAGCUUCAGCAACCGGAGAAUCCUUGAAGUCUGAUUUUUCUUGGAUAGAAGAAGGUUCCAUAAUCGAAUGUCCGCGGACGUUAUGGGUACCUGAUCACGCGGUUAAUAGGUGUACAGGAUGUGAUACAGAAUUCUGGAUGGGAAGGAGAAAACAUCACUGCAGAUAUUUUGAUUGCAGAAAAUGCGGGAAGAUAUUCUGCGCGGACUGUUCCGAACACAGCGCCCCCUUACCAUCAGAACAACUGUAUAAUCCAGUACGAGUUUGCCGAAAAUGUUUCGAAGAAUUAAGAAGGGACUGUACACAAAUUCCUAAUCAAUGUAAACAAACUAACCCCCAAUCAACAAACACAAAUACCCAAAUCGCAGCUUCGAGUAAUUAAUAAAAAGAAUAUUUUUUCAAUAUGUUUAUUUGCGAUAUUGUGAAAGGGAUGCUAUUGAAUGUUUUUAAUUUGGUUUUAAAGUGUAUAUAGAUAUGUAUAAAAAGUUUUAUGGUUAGGUGAAUUUUUUGAAUGCCCUUGUGAUGCUUUAAAUACUAUAAAAUCGAAAAUUUGCUACAUAUAUAAUCGAAUUUUUAUAUCCGUAUGGCGCUUAAAAAAUAAUCUCAAUUUUAUUUUUUAUUGUGUUCAAGCUGAAAAAUAUUUAAAGAGAAACUACCCAGCUAUAAGACUUUUUAACAAUUUGUGACGUUCUAUUAGUAAAUAUGUAAAUUUUAUUUUCAAACAACUAUUCAAAAGACUUUUGCACCCAGUGUUAUUUUGGAUAGAGAUUAAUAAAUUCCUGGAAAAUAUUUAUAGGUUUUUUCCAUAAUUUCAAUCUCUUUAACUCUAACUUUAAUCUAUUAUAGCUUGUCUUAUGACAGUUUUCCAUUUUAUAACUGCUUUUCCAUUUGGUAUCUUUCCUAAUAACUUCCUUUCGAUGUUUUCUUUUGCUUUUCCCAUGAUGGGUCUGAUCCAAUUCCAAUGUCUUUGUCACAAAUUUUGAUCUAUCAUCUCUUGUCUUACGACAGUUUUCCAUUCUUUAACUGCUCUUCCUGUUUGUUUCAUACCUAAUAACUUCCUCUCGGUGUAUUCUUUGAGAUUAUUCUUUUGCGUUUUCCAUGAUGUCUCAGAUACAAUUCCAAUGUCUUUGUCUCAAAUUUUGAUCUAUUACGCUCGUCUUUUGACGGUUUUCCAUACUUCAACUGCUCUUUCUCUUUAUUUCUUUCCUAACAACUUUCUAUUUGAUACUCUAUCAUCUCUUUUCUUAUGACAGUUUUCCUUCUUAUAACUGCUCUUCCUUUUGGUUUUUUCCCCUAAUAGUUUUUAUUUCAAUAUUUUUUUCGCCAUCACUUAUUCAGCGUUAUUUGGACGUUACUAUAGUGUAACUAUGGUCAAUUCUUCAUAAUUAGAUUAUACGUGGUGAACUCGAUGAGUGGGUCGUAACAAGUUCAUAAUAAUGUCAAUAAGCAGUCAUAAACCGUGGCCCAUAUAGAGCUCCUGAUAGGCCGUCGUGAUCUGUCUUCUCCAUUUUUAACGAAAUACAAUAUCUUUGUCUCAGAUCUUUAUUGGAAAUCGGUUGUCAGAUGUAGUCACUUCAUACCAUUCUUGUUCUUUGUCCCAUUUUCACACUUGUGUUGUUAUUUCUAAUCCGAUAUUCUUUUAAAGUGAUACUUGACUAGACAGUGGUCUGUCAGAACACCUACCACCAGUUUAGUGUCGCUUCUAGAAAAGUUCUUCAGAUUUUUUAGCUGAAGUGGUUAUGAAUCUUUUGGAUUGUCUUAGACGUGGAGUAUUUCUUCAUCCUUUCAUUUCGUUGUUGAUGUGGCAUCUCGUGAGGCCACAGUAGGGCUCUUGUUCUAGGUAUAGAGUCCUUGUCCCUUUUUUGAUAAGGUUGUCCUGUUCCUCAUUGUCUGGUAUACUCUGGUCGCCUGGUAGGCUCUCACGCUAAUGUGGACGUGCACUCAAUAACUUUCAGAACCUUCAAGGGUACUUGGUUAUCGUACAGAAUAUGAAUGUGCUUUUCCCUUAACUUAUAUUAUGGAGAGCACAAAAUAGUAUGAAAAUUAAAAGCACAACUUGAGUUACAAUUGUAGUAUCUUGAUACAAAAAGUCAUUUCCUCAGAUGCAUUAAAAA